AUGUUUAUUAAACUUCUGUGUGUUUUCGCAGUGACUCAGGCGCUUGUAACAGCUACACCAAAACAGAAAGCAUCGGACGAACGCGUCAGCGCAUUAUUGGUUAAGGAUGACACAAACGGUGAGCUACGCUUUUUGACGGGCACCAGCACCGUUAAUCAGCUGAUUUCACAACAGCAGGAUUUACUCGAGCAAUUGCGCCCAAAUAGUGGUAACAACAAUAACAUUAGACCAAUUAUUAUCGAUUUGAAUGGUGACAAUACACAAACCACAUCGCCUACAGUCACCAGUGGCAAUGGUAACAAUGGAGUUUUAGGCGCAGUAGCUUCACAAACCUCACCAAUUGGUGCCCUAUUGCCCCAGAUCGUUGGGCAAGCUGUUGGUGGGGGCGGUAAUGGUGCCUCAAGUCCUACAAGUUCAUCAAGUCCAUCUUCAACAUCACCAACAUCUGCAACAAGCAACCGACGUCGUAUUGUUCGUCGUGGCAACAAACGUCGCCGAGUUAAUAACAAUUCAAAUAACCGUCGUCGUCGACGACGCCGCCCGUCGAAGAAAAAUUCCAAAAAACAAUUUGUUGUUGUGCGCCCUCAACGAGGUUAA